GGGCGGGGCCGGCGCGGCGGGGCUAGGCCCCCCGGUAACACUAAAGCUACUCUCGGACCACGGCCCGGCCUCUGUCCGUCUGUCCGUCCGCCCUCCCGCCGUCACGUCCGGUCCCUCCUCUCCCGGUGCCGCCCCAAGCAUGGCGGCGGCCGCUGGCGUGUGGAUGGCGUUCGGGUUCAGCCCCGAGGAGGCGGCCGGGGAGCCGGGCCCGGGCCCGGGCCCGUGGCGGCUGGAGGCGGGCCCCGAGGGGAUCUCCCGCGUGUGGCCCGCCUGGAGCUACGUGGUCGUGGACACCGGCGCGGGGCUGGAGGUGCGGAGCGCGGGGCUGCGGCGGCGGCUGCCGGGCUGGGCCGAGGCGCUGCCGUCCGAGACGCACCUGGUGCUGCGGGCCCGGGAGGUGGCCCGCGCCUGGCGGCGGGAGGCGGCGCUGACGGGAGCGCUGCACGACGAGCCCGCCUGGAGCCGGGCGCUGCCGCCGGAGCCCCGCCAGCCGCUGCCGCUCCUGCCCGGCGGCUUCGCCACGCCGCGGCCGCCGUUCUUCACCGCCCUGCCGGCUGGCGUGCGCGCCCGGCGGCUGGUUCUGGGCACGGAGCACGCCCUAGCGCUGGGCGCCGCCGGGGAGGUGUUUACCUGGGGCGGUGGCAGGCACGGGCAGCUGGGCCACGGGCUGCUGGAGUCGGAGCUGCAGCCGCGGCUGGUGGAGGCGCUGGCCGGGGUGCCCAUGCAGGCGGUGGCGGCGGGCGGGUGGCACUCGGCCAGCGUUAGCGAGGCAGGAGACCUGUACGUGUGGGGCUGGAACGAGUCAGGACAGCUGGCUCUGCCCUCCAAAGCGCUGGCGGAGGAGCGGGCGCAAGAUGAGGACACGGGCGCAGGGAACACCAAGCUGAUGCCCUGCCGGGAGCAGUUGGCUGCUGAGGAUGCUGAGUUCAUCUCUAUCCAGGCGUUCCCGGCACUCCUGGAUCUACCACAGGACGUGGAGGUCAGCGCGGUCAGCUGUGGGUCCCGACACACAGCCGUCGUCACACGAAGCGGGGAGCUCUACACCUGGGGCUGGGGUAAAUACGGACAGCUGGGACACGGGAACAACAUCAGCUCUGACCAGGCACGCCGUGUUGAGCACCUGGUGGCCAAGGGGUUGCGAGUGGAGGAGGUGGUAUGUGGGCCCUGGACCACCUAUAUACGUGUGCAGGAGCUGUGAGUGCCCCAAGACCUGCAUCCCAUGGGUUCUGCCAGAUGGGGGAUGAGGGCAGGCUCUGCUCUGCAGGACCAGCCCCAGGACCACUCUGUCCUCAGGGCGUGGGCAGCCAGCCCCCCUGUAGUACAGGAUGGGGCUGAGUUUAGCCCACAGUGACCUGAUUCACACCUGAGUGGGGCUGCAGCUGCAUCAGGGCCAGGAAUGCCCUGGGACAGGCUGGAUGUGUUUAUAUUAAAUUCACUUUUCCAUAA